AUGGGAAAUUGCUGCUCAACAAUUCCAGACAUAGAAAGUCGUUUUCCAGCGAUUGGCAUUGUUGACAUAGGACAUGAAAAUGAAGCACCUGAUGCAGCUGUUCAAGCUGGUCCGGAUGUGGAGCAAUUUGAAAAUUUAAAUUUUACUGACUCCUCUUCAGUUGAUGCAGAAAUGGAACAUCUUUCAAAAUUACUUGAAUCUUCUAAAGCAGAACCAAAAGCGAAAUCAUCGGGCUCGAAGAAGAAGAAAAAUUAA